AAUGCUCCACUCAUCACCUCUCCUCUCUCUCAACUAAUCCUCUUCUUCUCUCACACAGAGCUGCUACAAAAUAUAUAUUAUUCAGCCUGACAACCGGAGUUGGUGGAGUUCUCCGGCCCCCGAUGACAUUUCCCAGCGGCGGCCCCUCAAGGGCAUGGGGCCGUCUGAUUCGGCCGCAGCUGCUACUGGCAUUCGCCAUUGGGCUGUUCCUUUCCAGCGUUAAUGUAGUCCAGGCAGAUGCUGACCCCUACAUCUACGCCUCCCCUCCACCACCGUAUGUCUAUAUGUCGCCGCCCCCACCCUCUCCCUCUCCUCCGCCACCUUAUUUGUAUAAAUCACCUCCACCACCAUCCCCUUCUCCGCCACCACCAUAUAUCUAUAAAUCUCCCCCGCCCCCAUCCCCUUCUCCACCACGGCCUUAUGUCUACAAGUCACCUCCGCCACCAUCCUCUUCUCCACCGCCACCAUAUGUCUACAAAUCUCCACCACCGCCUCCUUAUGUCUACAAAUCUCCACCACCGCCUUCUCCAUCUCCACCGCCACCAUAUGUUUACAAAUCUCCGCCACCACCUUCUCCAUCUCCACCACCUCCUUACAUCUACAAAUCUCCACCACCUCCUUACAUCUACAAAUCUCCACCACCUCCUUACAUCUACAAAUCUCCACCACCCCCUUCUCCAUCUCCUCCGCCACCAUAUGUUUACAAAUCUCCACCACCACCUUCUCCAUCUCCACCGCCUCCUUACAUCUACAAAUCUCCACCACCGCCUCUUUCAUCUCCUCCGCCAAUACCAUAUGUUUAUAAAUCUCCACCGCCACCCAUUCCAUCUCCAUCGCCACCAUAUGUGUACAAAUCUCCACCACCUCCAUUGCUUUCUCCAGUUCCACCAUAUCAAUACAAGUCCCCACCUCCACCUUCACCAUCACCACCACCACCAUACUACUAUAAGUCCCCACCACCACCGUCGCCUACUCCUUCUCCACCUUACUAUUACAAGUCGCCUCCACCACCAUUGUCGUCCCCACCACCUCCUUAUUCUUACAAAUCCCCACCACCACCGUCCUAUUCUCCUCCACCAUACUAUUACAAGUCGCCUCCACCACCAUCUCUAUCGUCACCACCUCCCUACUACUACAAGUCCCCGCCUCCACCGCCCAAAUUACCUUCUCCACCUUAUUAUUACAAGUCGCCGCCGCCACCAUCGCCAUCACCACCACCCCCCUACUAUUAUAAAUCUCCGCCGCCUCCAGCUAAAUCUCCAACAUUGCCACCUUACUAUUACAAAUCUCCACCACCACCAAUGCCUUACCCUCAUCCCCACCCCCAUCCAUUUGUUUUUAAGGUUGUUGGAAAGGUUUACUGCUUCAGAUGUUAUGAUUGGAAGUAUCCAAAGAAGUCACAUGCCAAGAAACAUCUCCAAGGUGCUGUUGUGGAAGUGAAGUGCAUGGAAGGUGAUAAAGAAAUAAUGGCAUAUGGAACCACUAAGAUCAAUGGCAAAUACAGCAUCACUGUAAAUGGCUUCAAUUACGACAAAUAUGGAGGCAAGGCUUGCACAGCCAAGCUCCACAUGCCUCCGAAGAACUCCCCAUGCAACAUUCCCACAAACCUCCAUUGGGGCAUCAAAGGUGCCAAGCUUAGGGUCAAGUCCAAGACCCCUCAUGAAGUUGUUCUUUAUGCUAAACCUUUUGCCUAUGCACCUAAGAAACCUUACAAGCAAUGCUAUAAGCCGACCCCCACCCCCACGCCUACCCCUUACUACUACAAGUCCCCGCCUCCUCCAUCCCCAGCCUAUUACUACAAGUCCCCACCACCUCCUUCGCCAUUACCACCAAAACAUUAUUAUUACAAUUCUCCACCACCGCCUAAAAAUUCACCAUCGCCUUCUCCUCCAUACUACUACAAGUCACCACCACCUCCAUCAACACCCUACUACUACAAAUCACCCCCACCACCAUCACAUUUCCCUGUUCACCCACCAUACUACUACAAGUCUCCCCCACCUCCUUCACCUUCUCUUCCCCCACCCUAUUACUACGAAUCCCCACCCCCACCAUCUUCGUCACCCCCGCCGCCUUACUACUACAAGUCUCCUCCACCACCAUCACCAACUACUACACCACCUUACUAUUACAAGUCGCCUCCACCACCAUCUUCCUCUCCUCCACCACCUUACUAUUACAAAUCUCCACCCCCACCAUCUCCAUCACCCCCACCUCCUUACUAUUACAAGUCCCCCCCACCACCAUUACCAAUUCUUGCACCACCUUAUUAUUAUAAGUCGCCUCCACCACCAUCUCCCUCUCCUCCAUCACCUUACUAUUACAAAUCUCCACCCCCACCAUCUCCAUCACCGCAUCCUCCAUACUACUACAAGUCUCCCCCACCACCAUCAUCAUCUCCUCCACCACCUUAUUACUACAAAUCUCCUCCUCCACCAUCUUUAUCACCACCACCUGCAUACUACUACAAAUCACCCCCGCCACCAUCUCCAUCUCCCCCACCACCUUAUUACUACAAAUCUCCACCCCCGCCAACCUAUUCACCACCUCCUUCAUACUACUACAAGUCUCCCCCUCCACCGUCACCAUAUCCUCCUCCACCCUACUACUACAAGUCCCCACCUCCACCAUCUCAUUCACCACCUCCCCCAUAUUACUACAAGUCUCCUCCACCACCGUCUCCAUCUCCUCCUUCACCAUACUACUACAAGUCUCCUCCACCACCAUCCCCAUCACCACCACAUCCUUACUACUACAAGUCACCCCCGCCACCAUCUCCAUCUCCCCAGCCACCUUACUACUACAAAUCUCCUCCCCCGCCAACCUAUUCACCACCACCUUACCUUUACAAGUCUCCUCCACCACCAUCGCCAUCUCCCCCACCACCUUACCUUUACAAGUCUCCCCCACCACCAUCGCCAUCUCCUUUACCACCUUACCACUACAUGUCUCCACCCCCACCAUCCCCAUUGCCACCUCCUCCAUACUACUACAAGUCUCCGCCACCACCAUCGCCAUCCCAACCUCCUCCAUACCUUUACAAGUCUCCCCCACCACCAUCGUCAUCUCCUCCACCACCUUACCACUACAUGUCUCCACCCCCACCAUCCCCAUUGCCACCUCCUCCAUACUACUACAAGUCUCCGCCGCCACCAUCGCCAUCCCAACCUCCUCCAUACCUUUACAAGUCUCCCCCACCACCAUCUCCAUCUCCUCCACCACCUUACCACUACUUGUCUCCACCCCCACCAUCCCCAUUGCCACCUCCUCCAUACUACUACAAGUCUCCGCCGCCACCAUCGCCAUCUCAACCUCCUCCAUACCUUUACAAGUCUCCCCCACCACCAUCAUCAUCUCCUCCACCACCUUACCACUACACAUCUCCACCCCCACCAUCCCUAUCGCCACCUCCUCCAUACCUCUACAAGUCUCCACCACCUCCAUCACCAUCGCCACCUCCUCCAUACCUCUACAAGUCUCCACCACCUCCAUCACCAUCUCCUCCACCGCCUUACCACUACACAUCUCCACCCCCACCAUCCUCAUCCCCACCCCCUCCAUACCUAUACAAGUCUCCCCCACCACCAUCCCAUUCACCACCACCUCCCUAUUACUACAAGUCACCCCCACCCCCUUCACCAUCUCCUCCACCACCAUACCUCUACAAAUCUCCCCCUCCCCCAUACCACUACUCCUCACCUCCCCCGCCAGUGAAGUCACCCCCACUUCAAGCAUACCCCUAUGCUUCUCCUCCACCGCCAACUUACUACUAAUAAGUUGCAGCAUGUCAACCACUCGCCACAACCAGUCAUCAUUUGUAAUUUUGAAAAACGGAAUAAAAGAAGCCUCCACAAGGGGAAGAACCAGAGAGCAAUUGUCGUCCAAUACAAGUCCAAGAACAAGAUGGAAGAAUAAAGUGAACCGGACGGAGGUUAAUUAUUUGGAGAAGUUUGAUUGGACUUCGACUUCGACUUCGAUGGUGGCCUUCUUGCACUUGCUGCUCCUAGUGUCCAAGAAAAGGAUAUGUAUUUAGGGAAUUAAGGGAAUCAGAUUGGAUAAUUUGUUAUUAAUUUAUUGGGUUAGCCGUCGUCGUUGUGGUGGUGGUGGUCGUCGUCUUCUUCUCCUUAUUCACGAAGAUGGUUUAUCGUUCUAGCCAGUUAUUUAAUUCAAAACACUGUAAUUACUACUACGUACUCUACUGCAUAUUGGUGCGUGUGGAAUGGGAUUGGUAAUCAGAUCCUUAAUUACUUGGA